GGGAGCCGCCCGCCUCAGGCUCGGCCCCUCGCAUCGCGUCCCGCUGCAACGCACCUGCCGCUCGCAGCCCCCCGCCCGCCGCGGAUGCGAGCCCCAGCCGCCUGCGCGGGGAGACCAGCCCGGCUUCCUGAUGGAGAGAUUGAAAAGAAAUAGUAAUCUUCUUGGUUUGCAGACUGUGGGCAACAUGGAACAGCCAUUCACUGUUAGUUCAUUGAAAAAGUUAGCAGCUAUGCCUGACCACACAGAUGUUUCAGUGAGCCCAGAGGAGCGAGUACGUGCCUUAAGCAAGCUUGCCUGUAAUAUCACAAUCAAUGAGGAUAUUACGCCACGUCGUUACUUUAGAUCCGGAGUAGAGAUGGAGCGCAUGGCAUCUGUAUAUCUGGAGGAAGGAAACCUGGAGAAUGCUUUUGUUCUAUAUAAUAAAUUUAUAACCUUAUUUGUAGAAAAGCUGCCCAGUCACCGAGACUAUCAGCAAUGUUCAGUACCAGAAAAACAGGAUAUCAUGAAGAAACUGAAAGAAGUUGCAUUUCCAAGGACAGAUGAAUUGAAGAAGGAUCUUUUAAAGAAAUAUAACGCAGAAUACCAAGAAUAUAUGCAAGACAAAAACAAGUGUAAAGCUGAAUUCUUAAAGAAACUGGAACAGCAGAGGCUGAUAGAAGCAGAAAAGAAGAGAAUUGCACAGAUGCGACAACAGCAACUUGAAACAGAGCAGUUUCAGUUCUUUGAAGAUCAGCUUAAGAAGCAAGAACUAGCCAGAGAUCAGAAAAUUAAAGAGAAUAUGGUUAUGUCUGAGCAGAUUGAUGGAAGUGUGUUGUCUUGCAUUUCUAUGCAUCAGAAUAACUCCUUAUCUACCACAUUUUCUGAGAAAGCCAGUAAGAGUGAUGCCUCUGUUUCUGCUGGACAAUCCCCUCCAGUAAACCAGGCCUUAAAGCCAGCAGCCACUUUAAGCACUGUUCAGAAUCAAAUGGCUGAAGCACUCCGAGGUGUAGUUUUACCCACAGAUCUUUGUCACAAAUUUCUGCUGCUAGCAGAGGCAAAUACAGUAAGAGGAAUAGAGACAUGUGGAAUUCUCUGCGGAAAACUGAUUCAUAUUCAGCAUUUGUUCAUUAGAAGACCAUUAAUUCAAGUCAUCUUCCUACCAUGUGUUUUACAGACACAUAAUGAAUUUACUAUUACCCAUGUAAUAGUGCCAAAGCAGUCUGCAGGACCAGAUUACUGCGACAUGGAGAAUGUGGAAGAAUUAUUCAGCAUUCAGGAUCAACACGCUCUCCUCACUUUGGGUUGGAUCCAUACGCAUCCAACACAAACUGCAUUCUUAUCCAGUGUUGAUCUUCAUACUCAUUGUUCUUAUCAGCUAAUGUUACCAGAGGCUAUUGCAAUUGUUUGUUCACCAAAACAUAAUGACAUUGGGAUCUUCAGACUUACUAAUGCUGGCAUGCUUGAAGUUUCUGCUUGUAAAAAGAAGGGGUUUCACCCACAUACUAAGGAACCUAGACUAUUUAAUAUCUGUAAACAUGUAGUUGGGACAGAAACAAAAAUAAUUGUGCUGGAUCUGAGGUGAUGCUGAUGGAAGAUAAAUGGCCUACCAAACAGAUGCCACAUAUAGAAAAAUGGCUGCCGGAUUUUCCAAUGAUGUUUUUCAGCAAUUACGGAUGUUUUAUAUUUAUACAUUUUAGAUUUAAUGGUUUGAUAUUUAUUGCUCUUGCCAUUUUCAAGUUUUGUUCUGUCAAGACAGAGUUCACAGUGAAAUAAAACAGAAUCUGUACAUGUCUCUGAAUAAUAUGAUACAACAAUAAAGUGAGCUUCAAACAACAA